AUGGAGAUACUGGUCGCUGUCGAGGCCGGACUCAGCCCGUCAACGAGGGACCAGGCGGUAUCCCCGCAGAAACCUUCCGACUGCUCAAUUUUUAGCCCCUCCCCAUUGGACUUUAGACGGUGCUGCCGUAAACGACCAGACUUUACUGCAGCAGACGGUGGGGACGUGGCGUCCGGUUUCAUGGAAGAGGACGACUUGGAAGGCUGUUCUGAGUCCGCGGAUACCGGUAACAGUAGGGAAGUUUGGUUAUCUGAGGUUUCUUUCUGGAAAGGAGGAGAGGCUCGAAACUUGACAGUGCCAGAUCGCAUGUUCAGUCUUUAACACGCAUUAACGGCUUGUAUUAGUAGGAAUUAUAGUAAGGGUAACGGUGAAAAUAGCGCUAACAGCAACAGUAACAGUGACAACAGUAGUACUCAUAGUAGUAGUGUUGUAAGUGUUUUUAUCUGUAGUAGAUAUGGUGGUAUUAUUGGCAAUGACAUUAAAAUGGUAGUGUUACUCGCAUCAGGGAUAGUACUGAGUUGUAAGUGCAAGCAAUCGUAUUAGUAGUAUCGACGGCAUCAGCAGUGGUAGUGUUGGCAGGAGUAGUAUCAAUAGUAUUGGUGGUAGUGGUUAGUAGUUUCGGUGGUGGUAACAGUGAUGAUGAUGCUGCUGACGGUGGUGGUGGUGGUGGUGGUGGUGGUGGUGAUGAUGAUGAUGAUGAUGAUGAUGAUGAUGAUGAUGAUGAUGAUGAUGAUGAUGAUGAUGAUGAUGAUGAUGAUGAUGAUGAUGAUGAUGAUGAUGAUGAUGAUGAUGAUGAUGAUGAUGAUGAUGAUGGGGGUGGCGGCAACUGUGGUAUGCGUAGCAGCAGUAAUGCAUGA